AAAGUAACGUAAAUCUAGUUUAUUUGUUCGGGUUAGUAUAUUUCUAUUUAGUUUUCAUUCCAUCUUAUAAAUGCCCUUCCUUCUCUUCAUUCUGCCCACAAGCAUUAACAAAGCCAACCUCUCCCAUUGAGAGAAGUGUAUAAAUCUUUGUCAUCCUCUUCCUUCAAAUGGAGUCGGUUGGCAAUGAAAUAACCCAUGAAUUUCGUUUCUUCCGGGUACACAGAGAUGGUCGGAUCGAAAAAUUCAUCCCGACGCAUAAAAUCCCACCCUUCAACGACCCAACUACAGGGGUCCAAUCCAAGGACGUAGUUAUUUCAAAUAAACUUCCUGUAUCCGCCCGGAUAUUCCUACCCCGGAUCAUUGACACUACUCGGAAACUUCCGGUACUCUUCUACAUCCAUGGCGGUGCCUUCUGCUUCGAGUCUGCCUUCUCUCCGAUGUACCACAAGCACGUCGCCUCCUUGGCUGCUAAAGCCAAUGCCAUCGCUGUCUCGGUUGAGUAUGGGCUUUUCCCGGAGCGGCCCCCACCCGCUUGUUAUGAGGACUCGUGGGCGGGGCUCCAAUGGAUCGCAUCUCAUGCGAAUGGAAACGGGCCGGAGCCAUGGUUGAAUGAACAUGCAGAUCUUAACCGGGUUUUUGUCGGUGGAGAUAGUGGGGGAGGGAACAUUACUCACACGCUGGUCGUUCGGGUCGGAUCUAUAGGGCUACCGGGCUUGAAGGUUAUUGGGGCGAUUUUGGUGCACCCGUUUUUUGGUGGCAUGGAGGAUGAUGAGAUGUGGUUGUAUAUGUUCCCAACGAGUGGUGGGUUGGAGGAUCCGAGACUGAAACCGCCCGCAGAGGAACUGAGUAGGCUGGGGUGCGAGAGGAUGCUGAUAUUUUUUGCUGAAAAUGACCAUUUAAGAGGCGUAGGCGGAUCUUAUUACGAGGAAUUGAAGAAGAGCGGGUGGGGUGGGAGUGUGGAGGUUGUGGAGCAUCAGGGAGAGGAUCAUAUUUUCCAUCUUAUGAAGCCAGAUUCUGAAAAUGCCAUUGAUUUGGUGAACAAGUUUGCAUCCUUUAUCGUCCAUGGCUAAUUUGCUACAAGGCAACGAUGGAUCCCUCGGCAUAGCCUUAUGCCAUAUCAUUAUGUUAGCUAUAUAUUCGUACGUAUUUGUUAAGAGUAGCUUAUGUUUGAAUGUGAUUUAAAUAAUCGGUAAAUAGUAGUAAGAAAUAAUGAAUAAUAAUAAAAAGAUAGUUAAUAGUUAGUUUAUUGAUAAUCUGUUUAUAAAUAAUAAUGAAGUAACGAUUACUUCACUAACCAAA